UGAAGGGCUGCCUUCCAGUCUGGGGAGUUUAACACAGGAUGAGGAAGACCUUUUGAAGCCUCUUGAGAAUAAAAGGCUCAGUUUAUUGGAUGCAUACCCAAACAUUUUAGAAAAUGAGGGGAUACAGACACCAGAAAGACAAGUAAUAGAUGACAUUUCUAAAAAUGUGGUUGAGAUACCUGGAACUACUGCUACAAGUGAGCCGGAUGAAAACAUUGAAGAAGAUGAACAACAAAAGUGUCUGGACGCUGGUGACUUGCCAACUACAAAUGUUUUCGGUGAGAAGGAAGCCCAUGAAAUCCAAACACAAUCUCUAUUAGAGUCAGUAGAAACACCGUCAGGGGGUUCAAAAGAAAUAUUUGAUGAUAGCAUUGCACACAAUGAAAUAGGGCUGAAAACAUCUACAUCAGUAAAUGAAGUAGCAGAUGAAAUUUGUGAUGCAUCAGAGGACACCCUGCAGUCAGAUUUAUUAAAACAGAAUUCUACUGAAACAGAAAAUCAUUCAGACCUUACUGUCUGUGACCUCCCUCAAGAACCAAGUAACAGACCAGCAAUCGGAUUAGUGAAUUCAGGGGAUUUGGACCAAAUUACUGCAGUCGCAACAUCUUUAGGAUCUUUUGAGGAGAUGAAGGCUAACAUAAGCGAGCUGCACAUUCAAGCAGAAGAUCAUUCACAAAGCUCUGAUAUGACCCAAUAUGAACCCUUAAAUGACACGUUUGUGAAAGCAGCUGAGUUUGAAACUCCAAUGUUAUCCUUAGAAAUUGGUGCAAAACAAAUUCAGACACUUCAGGAAAUGGCCAAGUGUUCUCUUAUUGAAUGUGUUGAAUUAAGAAGUGAGCAGAUUGGUGAAACCAUGAAAACAGAGACUGAUUCAGAAGAUAAAGGAGAAGUCUUGAUGACAGGCAGUGAAGCCGACAAUGAGAUUCUUGAGCUGAACAUAGAAAAAGAAGGCAUACUGUCUCAAGCAACAAUGGAAACUAUCAGUGAAUCACUAAAUCAAGAUACAUGUGAAGCUUCAGAGCGUGACGUCAAUCGAACAGAACUUGUAGAGGAUUCACCAGAUCCUGCAGAAGCAAAAACUGAAUUAUUGAAGUCAGAGGUUCUGGAGGAAACCCAAUAUUUGCAGGGGAAAUCAGAGAGAUACACUGAGAACAUCAAGACAGAGGUCGGACUGUUAAGUGAAACACAUUCAUUGGAUACCACUGUAGAGGACGUAGAAAAAAUAAUAAAUCAAGUUAUGAAAGAACUGAUAGAGACAGAAAAUAAAUGCAUACAAGAAACACCUUGUGAUGCAGAAUUUCAAAAGCCAGCAGAAUGUUUGCCAGCAGGUGCCUUAUUGUUGGAGGGAGAAAAGGAAAUGUUAGGAGAUGCAGAUCAGAGUUUGGUACAAAUGAAGGUGGAAACGGUGAAUUGUGAAAUCGUCGAGAUGCAAAAGGAUGAGCAUGAUGUUUUCUGUCCAGAAUUUGAACCAGCUGAUGCAGGUUGUGACCAGAAAGAAAGGGAUACAGUUGGAGAAACACCAUUCUCUUGUCAUGAUGAAAAAAUUGAAACUGAUCAACCGGGGCUGAAAACAUUUGAUAACACGAGCAAAGAUCUUCCAGAGGUUAAAACGGAAGAAGAAGAAUCCCUGGUAGACGGGUCAGCAACUGUUGAUUUAGAUAUACAGCAAACAUCUUUGGACUUUAGUGUUCAGAAGUCUAGAAUUGCUCUGAAGAAUCCCCUAACUCGACCACCAAAAGACCCCAGAAAGCUCAUAAACAAGACCUCAACAGAACCGUCUCUUCAAAAGCCUCCACCAUGUGGCCUGUUAAAGGCGGGUCAUGGAGUUGGCGUUUCUAUACAAAGUAAAGGGGUCAUUGGAAUUAAACUCCCAGUGAUUGGUGAGCUGCCCAAACUGAGAAAAACAGAGUUUGGCCAGAAAGUAAGAGAAGAGGGAAAGGCAGAGAGCAGACUACAGGUGGAGUCAAAAUCAGUUGCACAAACAGAAAAUUCUGUCAAACAAGAGCAAGCUUCACUUAAACCCAAAUGGACACCCCCAAAGCAUCCUGGUAUGGGCAGUCCUUUGAUGAUGGCAGAACUCAAAAGCAAACUCAAAGCACCUGUAAAGAAGUAAUGCGUGUCAUAUUUGGAUGCAGAGAUGCACUUUUCAUCUGUUUAAUAUUUGUUGUUUUUUUCUUACUAAGGCACUUUGUGUACUGUUUUAUAUUUUGAGAAGUUGUGCUAUUGCAGAAGUCUUACGCCUGAGCUUAGUUACACCAUUUGGGUUACACAACAUUUUAUUUAACUUCUUCAAUUUCAUUAGAAUCUUUUUUGUUCUCUCAGUAAAGAAGUGUGAGGUUGUGACUUUCUAUUUCAUGUGUGGGUAAUCUUAAUAUAAUGCAGUUGAAGUAAUGAAAUAUGAAGUAUGACGAUGUACAUAUUUAUAUAUCUAUAUCAAUAAAGAAUUUAUCAUUUUUCAUUACAA